AUGCCGCCGUCAGCUCAGCCAUCCGAGGCAGCGGCGGCCUCAGAGGCGCCUCACGAUUCUGGCCGGCGGGGCCGCGAUGCCAGUGACGCUACCAACUGCGUCGCCGCGCUUUUGAAAGAGGGCGAGGACCUGGUGGGAGUGGACACACGCAAGGCCAUAGCGUUAAUCGAGGAGGCGAAUCGCGUGGCGUACCAGAUUGCCGUGAACGACACUCAGGUAGAGAAACGGCAGCUACCGCCGCCUAGCGUGGAGGAGGCUAUGCGGCUGCAAGAACAGGGGAUCGCUCUUCUGGCGUCCCUUUAUGCUAACCAGGGCGACUGCGAAUCUCUUCAGCAACUGAUGCGGUCCUCGCUUCCCUUUUUCUCGCUCCUCGCCAAAGCAAGAACUGCGAAACUCCUGGGCAUGCUGCAACAAGCCCAGCCAAUCCUCCAACAGCUCCUGCAGGAGGUGAAGAAGCUCGACGACAAACUGCUGCUGGUCGAGAUUCACUUGAUUGAGUCCAAGCUUCAAUUCAAGGUCAAGAACUACCCCAAGGCACGCGCGGCUCUGACCGCCUCCAGAACGAAUGCGAACGCGAUCCACUGCCCGCCGCUCCUUCAGGGAGACAUCGACUUGCAGGCUGGCAUCCUUGCUGCCCAAGAUCGGGACUACAAGACGGCGUUUUCGUACUUCUUCGAGGCUUUCGACGCGUUCAGCGCCCAAGACGCUGCGCACCACUCGCAAAAGGCGCCCACCGCCGCCGGGGCUGCCGUCGCUGCGGCAACCAAAUGCAGCUCCACGCCUGCUGGCCCCUCGAAAGCUCUGCAGGCCUUGAAAUACAUGCUUCUGUCGAAAAUUCUCCAGGGGAAGGACGACGAGGUUAGCUCGCUGCUUACCGGGAAGCAGUGCUUGCGGUACUACUCGAUGGACACUUCGUCCACAUGCAAACCAGCGGAAGCCUCCACAGCCGGCGGUCCCGUCGGAGACGCAGCGACUGCCCCCGCUUCCGGCGCCCGGCGCGAUCUGGAAGCUAUGCGGCAGCUUGCUUUGUGUCACAAGCAACGGUCUCUGAAGAAGUUUGAGGAAGUCCUCGACAUGUAUGCGAGAGAGCUCAAGGGAGACGAAGUUCUCAUGCACCAUAUCGAUGAACUGUAUGAGAAUCUCCUGGAGAAGAAUCUGCUCAAACUCCUCCGGCCCUUCUCUCGGGUUGAGCUCGCCCACGUGGCCCAGUUGAUCGGAUUGCCUCUCGCCAAGGUCGAGGAGAAGUUGAGUGAGAUGAUUCUAGACGGGAAGCUCCACGGCACACUGGACCAGGGCGUAGGCGUGUUGUUGCUCUUCGAGGAGCAAGUGCUCCCGGAGAUGCAUGUCGACGCUCUCGCGACUAUAAAAAACAUGGCCCAGGUCGUGGAUACUCUGUACGAAAAGAGUCUGCAGGCAUUGUAG